CUGCUCCCCGCCAGAAGAAGUGGAAUGACCUCUAUCUGAAGAUUGACAAAUGCCCGAUGCAGCGGAGGGGACAGGCAUCUCUGUUUGGGGGGCCACAGACAUGUGGCUGUGGUUUCCACACUAAGAAGCCUUCCAGCUCAGUCCCUGUCACCAAAUUUCCCCGUACCACUAUUGGCACUGGUCAAGGGCAAGGCCCUUCAAGCACUGCUGCUGCCUCCUCAGCAUCAACAUCUGCUGGACCUGUGCAGAGGCCUGCUUUGAAUUUGGCUAUGUUUACAAAACCACGGUUUGGCGGGUCACAUGGUGCUGCUUUGAAGCCAAAUUUAACUGUGGCUAGGAAGCCUGCAAAGCCCCUUAUUAGCACAUUGACCAGUACCACCACAAACAUCGGCACUGCAACACCAACAUCAGGGAGGACAUCAUCCCCUGCCCAGAGUCCCAGAAAAUAUAUUAGGACCAGCUCCCCUUUCUCUCUUCCCCCCUCUCCUGUGUCAUCAGCCUCAAUAAUCCCCCCAGCCACUGCCGCUGUUGUAACAGCUGCUCCCUCCAGUGCCUCCUCAGACCCUCCUGUCUGUGCCUCCUCUACCACUCCUGGUCCUGAUCCUCUCAGCAAUAUGUCAGCGGAGGAUGUGUUGGCUGCCCCUGGCCCUGACCUACCCUGGCUGCCAGUGAAGAUGAGGAAAACCAUCCCCCCCAGGACCAGAGAUGGAUCUCUGCAGCUCUGUGGAGAAACCAGCGGCUACGGACCGACCUGAAGCUGUGGUACGAGCCACCCGGGCCAGCGCUCAUCUACCAUCAGGCCCCCACUCCAGAGCGCUUUUUUAAUCAUCGCCUGCUUGUGUGGAUGCCGUACCACUUGUGGAAGGUCAGGCUAACCUGUCCUGUGUGUGGGAAGCAGCUGGUGGGAUACGGUGCCCACAAGAGAGCCCGUCAGGUCCUUGACGUGGACAGGUACUACCUGAUGGUCACAGAGACCCUCAGGUGCAACAGCAUUGGUUGCAAAACCAACUACCUGUCCAGCAGCAAGACCAUCCUGGACCAGCUUGACCUGGCUCACCGGCUCGAAUUCAGGCUCAUCCUGACUCAGAAAUAUGCUUGUGACAUUCGGGUCAUCCGCUUCCUGCGGGAGAGGACCCUGGGCAACAGCCCGUCUCGCUUGGUGAAGCAGCUGAGGGAGAACCACAGCGAGGAGUGGCUGCAGCGCCUCUGCCAGUACCUCGGGGCAUGCUCUGACUUUGUGGGCCGGCCCAGCCUGUUCCCUGUGGUGUUUCAGGACCCGCCUGAGCCUGUGGCCAUUCCCACCUAUAAGUGGAUGCUGGCGGUCUACGGGUGGGACAUCUUAAGCAGGCUGGAGCACAUCAAAGCCAGCAUUACAUCUACCUUUGGCUCCAUCCUGAAGAUGGACUCCACAAAGAAGAUCACCAGGAAGUUAUCGGGCAUUGCCAAGGGGACUGCCCUCUGGCUUUCCUCAGUUAGUAACGAGGUGGGUCAGAUCUUGAUCAGUGUCCUGACUGCGCAGGAAGGCUCUGGGCUGGACCUGAUGGUGGCUGACCUCAUCCGGAGGUACAAGGAAGGAGGUGUGGCUCCUCCAAAGCUCCUGUAUGUGGACUGUGGAUGCUGUAAGAAGGAUGGGGAGGAGACCAAGCUAAAGGCACGAUUUGGUGGAUGGCCAGACGUUGUGGUCAAGCUGGACAUUUAUCAUUUCAUGCGCCGGCUGGCAUCAGGAUGCACCAAGGAUGACCAUCCCCUUUACCCCAUCUUCAUGGCUCGCCUGUCCUGCUGCAUAUUUGAGUGGGAUGCAGGUGAUGUCGCCUUGCUGCGCCGGGUCAAGAGGGAGCAACUGAAACGGGAGGGGGUUCCUGGCAUCACUGAUGGCCUUGUGAACCAGCACAUUAGGAAGAGUGAGUUGGUACUCUACUGCAGAAGGAGGACAAGAGGAGAGAAGGAGACCAUCUCAAUGAUUGACCUCCUUUUGCACGAGCUUAUGGGGGAGAAGGGCAGUGACUUCCUUGGUGUGCCACUCCUGGACAGGGAUAGGAUGGUGAACAUCUGGGAACAGCAGAGGAAGCAUGUAAAAUGCAUCCAGGAUGAGCCAGGUGUUCCUCUCUACACAGAGACAGGAUCAUCCACCAAAGAGGGCAUCAUCCUCACCACCUACAGGUGUGCCAGGGGCUCAACAUCACUGGAGUCCUUCCACUGCCACCUGGCCAGGUUCAUUCCAGGAACGAGUGCCAACAGUCUGAAUUUUCAGCUGUACCUCCUGGAAGGCCUGAACAGAUGGAACCAGGACCGUGGUGCUGCGGCGCUGGCUGUCAAACCUCCCUCACUCCUCACCUACUCAGGGGACCUUGUGCACUGUGUCAACACCUUCAGUGUCAAAGUGCUUGGGAGGAAACUUGCCCCCUCCUUCCAACCCCCUGCAGUGUAUACUGGAGAGCUGAUAGGUAUUGACUAUCUGUACUGCCAGACAGGAAGGGCAAUGCAGAAUGUUGACCCUGAAACAGAGGAGACGGAGCAACUGUUGGAGGAUGUGGCUGUUGAGGAGGAGCCAGAGAAUGAGGGUUUUGAUGAUGGCGUACAUGACCCCACAUUUGACAUUAUUCUGGGUAAAACCCUCAGCCAGUCUGGCCCCCCAGCUCUGACCACCAGCUUGCCUUCUGGCCCCACAGUUCCCACCACCACCAUGCCCUCUGCCCCCCCUGCCCCAACCACCACCAUGCCCUCUGCCCCCCCUGCUCCAACCACCAGCAUGACCUCUGGCUACCCAGCUCCCACCACCACCAUGCCCUCUGCCCCCCCUGCCCCAACCACCAGCAUGCCCUCUGCCCCCCCUGCUCCAACCACCAGCAUGACCUCUGGCUACCCAGCUCCCACCACCACCAUGCCCUCUGCCCCCCCUGCUCCAACCACCAGCAUGACCUCUGCCCAACUGUUGGCUGUUGAUGAGCAUAACAUGCCAGGGAUGGACAGGGUGGACAGCCUGGCAGAGUACCUGGUUGGGCUGAGAAAUGAGACAGCCCUCACUCUCAGCAACCAGCAGACCAGCACCAUUUUGUCACUGUGGCAAAAUCUUCUGCCCUUUGACCAGCAGCGGGUGGUCUAUGCAGCUAGGUACCAGGAGAGGCUGAAGACGGGGUACUUCAGGUCUCCAAAAAAUAAAUUGGAAUUCACCCCCGGUGCGGAGAGCAUGAGGCGUUAUGUCCUGGGGUCAAGUGGUUCACCUGCCCAGUGGCCCGACUGUUGUCGGCUUGUGGAGGCCAUCUUUGUCAGGCUCUGUCAGCUGCACAAGAGCCCAAAGAAAAAGGGAAAGGGCAGCCUGACAAGAUGGUCUCUCAUGCUGAAGGACUAUCGGAAGGUUAGGCAGCUGGUGAGGGACAAUGGAACUCUCAUGAAGGACACCACUCUCCAGCUAUAUGAGGUCAAUCAGACCACCCUCACACAGUGGCACAACAACAGAGUGAAGAGGCAGGAUUUGGCAGUCCUUCUGCAGGGGGUCAACCUGCCUGCCCCUCUUCCUGUAGCCCCUGUGCGUCUGCCACCAGCUCUAGGGCGCCCCACCUUUGUCCCUCAGCAGCGUGGACCUCAGCACACGUACCAUAUGCCCCAAUGCCUAUCGCCCCUGCUGGCCCUCUUCCCCCUCCACCCCCUGCCCCGAGGCCCUACAAUCGUCAGUUGGAACAGAAUAAAUGCAGGAAAUGCCAUCAGCCCCGCAAUACAGACAGUGGCCACAGGCAAUUUCAUGGAUACAUUUAUUGCCCCACUUUCACAGGGAUGCCACUGGAGCAGUGGCUGGAAGAAAUGA